AUGGAGCACCUAUCGAUGGCCACGCGCUUCCUCGCUACUUCCUCCGUUUGGGCUUCCUUGGCCUCAUCGCUGGGUGUCACCGCUGCCGUCGUCCUGUUGUUUUCCUUCUUCCGUCCAUACCACACCGUCGUGUACGCGCCCAAGCUGAAACAUGCCGACGAAUCUCGAGCACCACCACCGCUGGGCAAAGGCCCAUUCUCGUGGGUCCCGCCAUUAUGGCAGACCACGGAGAAGGACAUGAUCCGGAUGGCCGGUUUGGACGCCGUGAUUUUCUUGCGCUUCAUCAAUAUGCUGCGCAACAUGUUUAUCAUUAUGGCUAUCAUAGGCUGUGCUGUCCUGGUUCCCGUCAAUUACACCCAGUCCAUUCGAUUCGACAGCGACACCUGGCUCAUGCGCUUGACCCCUUCAAACGUAUGGAACGAGGCGCAGUGGGCCACCGUUCUCUCCGCCUGGCUCUUCAACAUAGUCGUGCUUGGCUUCUUGUGGUGGAACUAUAGGAAGGUUCUGCACUUGCGUCGAGAAUACUUCGAGAGUCCAGAGUAUCAGCAGAGUUUGCACUCCAGGACUCUUAUGCUCUACGAUAUACCCAAAAAACUUUCAUCGGACGAGGGAAUCGCCAGACUCAUCGACAUGGUUGCUCCAAAUUCGUCCUUCUCAAGAACUGCCAUUGCGCGCGACGUCAAGAUUCUGCCGAAACUGGUGGAACAGCACGAGAAAUGUGUACGAAAAUUGGAGAAGGUCCUGUCCAAGUACCUCAAGGAUCCUCACAGCCUCCCGGCUGCCAGGCCAGUCUGUUCGCCCUCAAAGAGUGACCCGUCGUACUCCACCUACCCUAAGGGGCAAAAGGUCGACGCGAUCGAGUACCUCACACAGAGGAUCAAGACACUGGAGUACGAGAUCAAGGAAGUAAGGACAAGCGUGGACAAGCGCAACACCAGACCUUUUGGGUUUGCUUCCUAUUCAGACAUUAGCGAGGCACACGCGAUCGCAUACGCCGCCCGGAAGAAAAAGCCACAGAGUGCCGUUAUCAAGCUUGCCCCCCGACCCAGCGACAUCAUCUGGGACAACAUGCCCCUGUCGGCCGCUACUCGUGCCAGAAAGAGGCUGUUUAUCAGCAUGUGGAUCGGUCUCCUGACCCUUUUGUGGAUUGCGCCCAACGCUAUGAUAGCCAUUUUCUUGGUCAAUCUCAGCAACCUCGGGUCCGUCUGGCACGACUUCCAGCUCUCACUAGAGACCAGUCCUGUGUUCUGGUCUAUCGUACAGGGUAUUGCAUCACCAGCAAUCACGUCGUUGGUGUACCUGCUGCUCCCCAUCAUUUUCCGCCGGCUGUCAAUGAGGGGCGGUGACCAGACCAAAUCUGGUCGAGAACGCCAUGUCAUCGGCAAGCUAUUCAGCUUCUUUAUUUUCAACAACUUGAUCGUCUUCUCCCUGUUCAGUGGCAUGUGGACCUUUGUGGCAAACGUGCUAGAAGACGCCAACAGCGGUACCGACGCGUGGAAGGCGAUUGUGGAGCAGGAUUUCGGGGGUUCCGUUCUAAUCGCCCUCUGCAAAAUCUCACCUUAUUGGGUGACCUACCUUUUACAGCGCCAGCUUAGUACGGCUGUCGACCUUGCGCAGGUCUGGAGUCUCAUCCUCAGCUUCAUCCUGCGCAAGCUAGGAUCCCCAACGCCGCGGGAGAUGAUCGAGCUCACCGCCCCGCAAUCUUUCGAAUAUGCCAGUUACUACAACUACUGCCUUUACUACGCCACCGUCGCUCUAUGCUAUGGCGUCAUUCAACCUCUUGUCCUGCCAUCCGUUGCUUUGUUCUUCGUUAUCGACUGCAUCUUGAAGAAAUACCUUCUCAUGUACGUUUUCAUCACCAAGAACGAGAGUGGCGGCAUGUCAUGGCGGGUCCUCUUCAACCGCGUCUUGUUUGCGCUUGUUCUCUCCAACCUCGUCGCAUUUCUGGUUGCGUUCAUGCGAAGCACCUACACCCAGGCUUAUGCCGUGGUUCCGCUGCCCUUCAUCGUCAUCGGGUUCAAGAUCUACUGCGCCAAGGCCUUUGACAGCAAGAUACACUACUACUCGACCCGAUUCGUUCCCCGUGGCCCUGAGCCAGAAGUCGGCAUCGCAAGCAAGGAGAACCUGAAAAAUGAUCGCCUGGCAUCGAAGUUCGGCCACCCUGUUCUUUACAGGCCACUCAUUACGCCCAUGGUCCAUGCAAAGGCGCAAAAUAUUCUCGCAAGCGUGUAUCAGGGUCGGCUUAGCGACGGACGUGAGACUGGGUCGGCAGAAGGCACCAGCGUGUCCGGGUAUAGCGACACCUACGCUCUCGAUCCCAUGCGCGCAGGAAGGCCAGGCAAGGCAGCUGCGAGCGGUCUUUCAGGCUUUGAGAUCGUCCCAGAAGGGAAGCUUGACUUUGAGUACUACAAAAACCGCAGCGAAUUUGCCGAAGACCACGGGCAGGGGGACUUGUUCGGCCAUUCUAGGGACAUGAUGCGACCCGGCACGCCUUCAAGCACCUUUGGCGGGUCAGACACGGAUUCGAGGCCAGGCACACCGACAGGGGGAAUGAUGUUCAGCGGAAGCAAAGGUGGAUUUGCGGCAACAUCGGUCAAUGGUGUCGGAGGCGACGGCAUGGGGCCUGCACCUGGAUACGCGAGUCCUUCGGCCCAGUAUUCACCGAGGAUGCCGCCCUAUGGCUCGCCAGCCAUGGAUUAUCCAUCGAGAACACGGUCACCAUACGGCCUUGUCGCAGCCAGCGACUCCACGUCAAACCUAGUCCAAUCAGCCGCACCGAUAGCAUCACCACCAGUCGGUUAUUACGCAAACGACGCUGGCUCUAGGAGCGCCAGUAUCGACCACGGCACUCCAAGUUUUGACCGGCCCAGAGCUGGAGCAAUGCCACCUGGUGCACUAGGCGGUGGGCCCCAGGGAUACGGUAACCUACCGCAGGCCGAAUCGGAAUAUGAGGACCCUAUGAGUUAUAAUUACUUCCGAGGUGGAACCGGGAGGUCGAGAUAUAAUGGCGGCAGUUAA